AGAAGUUACCUUGAGACCUUUGGUUACCUAAAGAAAGGUCAGCCUGAAGUUGGAAACCUUUUGAUGGGCGACGUUGCACAAUCAUACGAAGACGAAUUCAGGAUUGCUGUCAAGACCCUGCAGGAAUUUGGAGGUAUCCCUGUUACGGGUGAAAUCGACGAAGCAACAAAAGAACUAAUUAAGAAAAGACGCUGCGGUCGCCCAGACAGGGAAGAAGGCGAUUUUGAAAAUGGCAAAAGAAAGAAGAGUGUGGCAAAUGGUGUUGAAGUUGCAGUCAGAACAACAGAUGAAACAGGCACGAAGUACAACUCCAUGGUCGUUUUCUCGGAACAGUUUGAAUUCCAGCACUACGAAGAGGCAAUCGCGGACAAUGAUUGUCAUAGGAAAACCGAAAAAUAG